ACAGAAAUGAAGAUAAUGGAUCUCCUUGCCGGAUUCCUCUGGAAGGAUGGACUGAGCCUCUGUCUGCGCCAUUAAUUAGAAUGUUGAAAGAUACUGAGGUAAUAGAAGUCAUAAUACGGGAAACCCAUUGAGCACAAAACCCCAAUUUCAACAUCAUGCUCUCAAUGAAAGGCCAUUCCAGACGAUCCUAAGUUUUUUGCAUAUCAAGUUUAACAGCAAAGAGAUUCUCUUACCCUUCUUCCGCCGUUUAAUGUAGUGGAACAAUUCAUGAGCCAUGUACACAUUUGUCUGAGAUAAGCCAUUGGUUGGGCGAAAUCAUGUGAUCCAGUGAUCCUUUCAAACGAGUGGCCAGUGGUCCAGUGAUCCUUUCAAACUAGGCGGUGGAUUCAUAAGAUGGUAAACAUGUCAUUACAUCAAGGAGGAGAGAGAUAGACUCAGGGAAGUGUGUGUAUGCCAAAGAUUCCUUCCAAACAAACGGGACAAUUAGUAAUGAUCUUUCCCUUCUCCUUCAACUUCCAAGUUCCAUAUGCUUCUCUCGCUGCUCCACUGUUGUGACUGAACUAAGAGUGAUGGGGAACUGUUUCGGUAUACCGACUGAGGAGGACAAUCAACUCCACCCAGACGGAGCUCGUCCUCUCUCAGGUAUCGGGCGCGUCCUCGGCCGUCCGAUGGAAGAUGUACGGUCCAUAUACCUUUUCGGCCGCGAGCUUGGGCGUGGUGAGUUCGGGAUUACUUAUCUAGUCACUCACAGAGAGACGAAAGAGCAAUUCGCUUGUAAGUCAAUCGCUGCUCGCAAGCUCGUGAGCAGUGACGACAUCGGGGAUGUUCGUAGGGAGGUACAGAUCAUGAACCACCUCACAGGUCACUGUAACAUCGUGGAAUUGAAGGGGGUUUACGAAGAUCUACGUUCGGUGAAUUUGGUGAUGGAGCUUUGUGAAGGUGGUGAGCUUUUCAAUCGGAUUAUUGCCAAGGGACAUUACUCAGAGCAAGCUGCUUCUGGAUUGUGUCGGCAGAUUGUGACUGUAGUUCAUAAUUGCCACUCCAUGAGGGUUAUGCAUCGGGAUCUCAAACCAGAGAAUUUCCUUUUCCUCAGCGUAGAAGAGGACUCGCCGUUGAAGGCAACAGAUUUUGGCUUGUCAGUCUUCUUCAAGCCAGGAGAAGUGUUCAAUGACCUUGUUGGAAGUGCAUAUUAUGUGGCUCCUGAAGUCUUGAGAAGAAGUUAUGGAGCUGAGGCUGAUAUUUGGAGUGCUGGCGUGAUACUUUACAUUCUUCUUACUGGGGUCCCACCUUUUCGUGGAGUGAACGAGCGGGGUAUUUUUUCUGCUAUUCUACGGGGACAUAUUAACUUCUCAUCUGAUCCAUGGCCCUCCAUAUCCAGCAGUGCCAAAGAUCUUGUGAAAAAGAUGCUACAGUCUGAUCCUAAGGAACGAAUUUCUGCAGUCGAAGUUCUAAACCAUCCAUGGAUGCGAGAAGAUGGAGAUGCAUCUGACAAGCCAAUUGAUAUUGCGGUCUUAACUAGAAUGAAGCAGUUCAGGGCAAUGAAUGAAGUGAAGAAAGUAGCAUUGAAGGUGAUUGCAGAAAAUCUUUCUGAAGAGGAGAUCAUGGGGUUGAAAGAGAUGUUCAAAUCCAUGGACACAGAUAAUAAUGGAACUAUCACUUUUGAAGAAUUGAAAGCGGGAAUUCAAAAACUUGGUACCAAGCUUUCUGACUCUGAAGUUAGGCAAUUGAUGGAAACGGCUGAUGUUGAUGGAAGUGGGACCAUUGACUAUAUUGAGUUUAUAACAGCCACAGUGCACAUGAAUAGAAUGGAGAAAGCGGACCAUCUGUAUACUGCCUUUGAGUAUUUUGACAAGGACAAGAGCGGGUACAUCACAAUGGAGGAAUUGGACCAAGCCUUGAAGGAGAAUUACAUGGGUGAUGAGAAAAAAAUAAAAGAGAUAAUUGCAGAAGCUGACACAGACAAUGAUGGAAGAAUUAAUUAUGAUGAGUUUGUAGCCAUGAUGAGAAAAGGGAAUCCCGAGUUGGUCUGCAACAGACAUCGCAAAAACCUUACCAUGUAGUCAUAUGUUCAGCUGCAGUGGAAUUUACUCUCAAUCAACUGCAUCAUGAAACAACUGCUAGCUUAGUUGGUUGGUACCCUGCCAGUAGAGCGCAGGCCUCUCAGGAGGUCACGGUUUCGACUCUCCUAUCUUCACUGAAAGCACCCCACCCCACCUCACUUUCCCCCAGUCUAUACUAGCUGUAGUCAGUCCAAUGGGACACUGGUAAUUAGGUAGACUAUAUUAAAAAGAGAAGAGGGGGGGGGGGGGGGGGGGAGGUACUGUUUUCCCUAACUUGGGUGCUGCCAGUCAUUUCCUGCUUGGAUGGGGAAAACUAAUCCUUGGAUAGACAUAUUUCAUGACCUAGGGGGGGGUUUUGAUUGGAGAUUCUAUAGGAUGUAUGCUUAGGUUCGUAUCAUGGUCAUAUUUACCAUUGCCUCUUGGAUGUUACUCUUUUUUCUUGUUUCUUUGGGGUAAUGUUGUUUCUUGUAAUACAACUUGGGAAAAAAAAAAAAGGGCAAGAGGGCUUGUAAAUUUCAAAAAUGCCAUCCCUGUUGUAAUUAAAAUGUAUAGGGCAUUGUCAGACUUCAAAGAAAUAUAUAACUGAUGUACAGUAUAAAUAGGAACCUUGCACAGUAUUUGAAUUCAUGUAAGGCACACAAUUUGAUGCACCUUGUACAUGCACCUACGGGAAGGUGGGAGGGAUUGUUGCCCUGUUAUAAGGCAUUUGCUUAUGGUGUAAGAGCUCAUAAAGGUAUUUUGAAAAAGGGGAAAUCGUAGGCUUUGUUUAGUUGCAAAACUUUGUAAUUAUUGUGCCACAAGUUUAUGUAACUUCAAAUCACUCUUAAUUUAAUUAUUGGGCAAUAGAUCAAUGUUUAGUUGCUGGUC